GUCUCAGCAGCAAUUAACUGGGUUGAUAUCUGCACCAUCCAGGCCGUGACCGCGACCUGGCCGCAAAUCCGCACCGUGACCAAUCUCCUCCUGCCCUUCAGUUGGGUGAUGAUCGGCUUCGACAAGUUCAAGGAGCUGAAGAAGCUGCUCGGCGGCCUGUCGCUGCCCAAGGAGCCUGACCUAGCCGUGCAGCUUGGUUUGCUGCAGAUUUUCGGACCCAAGAACCUCGAGCUUAUCAUCGGCCCCAUCAUCAAGCAUUACUGGAGACAUCAUCCGUGCCCGGCCCCCACCACGCCAACCCCUCCUGGGCCAACUAGCACCGCGAUUGUUGUCCCAACUACCUCGUCAGCUGCUCCGCCAAAGCCCUCGGCAACCAGCACUCCACCGCCGAACCCGUACCCGACCACAACUGUUAACAUCUACCAGACGCACUAGAUUAAAGCUACCAUU